AUGCAAACCCUCUACAACGCUCUAAUCCGCACCCACCACAUAACCUCCCGCAAAAAAGUAGCCGCCCUCAAACGCGCCGCAGACACACACCAAUGCGCCGUACUCCUGCGCUCCGGCGGAUGUCCGGGGAUCAUGUACGUGGAGGGCGGGAAGGAGCCGGUGGAGAGCUGGGUGGACAUUGUCCGUCGACUGCGAUAUAAGGAUUUCCAGUUGGUUACGAGACCAGGGGUUGUGGAGGAGGAGGAGGGUGAAUGUGGAAAACAGGGGACUGGGAACGGGAACGGGAAGGGGGAGAAGAAAGAUGGGAAAGAGUUGGAUCUCCCUUUAGGAUUGGACGAGGUGGAGAGUGUUAAGGAGUUUGGGGGAUUAUGGCGAGGAGGGGGGUGUGGAAUUGGUGGAGGAGGGGGAUGGGUUAAUCAAGGCCCUGUUCCCGCUCAAACCGGCGCCGGAUAA